AUGCACACCCUUUCGAGACUGAGAUGCCUUUCUCUAUUACAGAACUACAAAUCAUCAUUUUCCACAAACCAUAUCAUACAAAUUCACUCUCAAAUCAUCUCCAAUGGCCUAACUCAAUCACCCUCCAUUGUUGCCCAACUUGUCGAACGUUACUGUGCAUCAUCAUUGUCAUCAUCAUCAGCUCCACAUGCCAACAAUUACGCUCCUCUCAUUGUUUCCCAAUUUUACAGUGACGAUCAUAAAUCCAAUCCAUAUCUCUUAAAUGUUUUGAUUCGAUGCGCUCCUCCAACCGACUCAAUUCUUGUUUUUGCCAAUUGGGUAUCUAAAGCGACGCUAAAGUUCGACGAUUUCACUUACAUUUUUGUUCUCGGAGCUUGCGCUCGACGUGUUAAAGCGCUAUGGGAAGGGCUCCAGAUACACUGCCGAGUAAUCAAACAUGGGGUUCUCUCAAACGUCAAGUUGCAAACUACUUUGAUUCAUUUUUACGUGAACCACAACGCAUUUGCGUUUGCAGAGAAGGUGUUCGACGAAAUGCGUGUGAGAACUUCCGCUACAUGGAAUUCACUAAUAGCAGGUUAUUGUUCUCAGAUACAACACGCCCGAGAUGGAUUGCUGUUGUUUAUCUGCAUGUUAAGAGGUGAUUAUGGAGUAAAACCUAACGACACCACCAUUGUUUGUGUUCUUUCAGCUGUUUCACGACUUGGUUCUUUAGAAACAGGCGUUUCAAUCCAUGGAUACAUCAUAAAAACAACACCCAACAUUGAAAGCGAUGUUUACAUAGGAACAUCUCUUGUUGACAUGUACGCAAAGUGUGGGUGUUUGGAUACAGCUUUAACCUUAUUCCACAAAAUGUCUUAUAAGAAUGUUCUCACUUAUACAUCCAUGGUGUCUGGAUUAGCUAUUCAUGGGAAAGGAAAACAAGCAUUGAAGCUUUUCACUAACAUGACAGAAUCGGGUAUUUUACCUAAUUCAGUCACCUUCACAAGCUUAUUAUUCGCUUGUGCACAAUCAGGGCUUUUGAAUGAAGGUGUUUCUUUAUUUCAAAUUAUGAAAGAAAAGUUUCAUAUUUUGCCUCUUCCACAUCAUUAUGGUUGUAUAGUUGAUCUUCUUGGGAGAAUUGGGCAUUUAGGUGAAGCGUAUGAGUUUAUUAUGAGUGAAAAUGUUGAAGAUGAUGUGGUUUUGUGGAGGAGUUUGAUGCAUUCUUGUAGAGUACAUAAUGAUAUUGUGAUGGGUGAGAAAGUGGCUAAGAUUGUUAUGAAUCUUGAAAAUUAUGAAAAAAGUGAAGAUUUUGUUGCUUUGUCGAAUAUUUGUGCUUCUGUGGGAAGGUGGGAAGAUGUGGAAGUCGUGAGAGAGAUGAUGAGUGAAAAAGGGAUAGAGAUUAAUCCUGCUAUUAGUACCGUUUUCGCUUAG